GACCCGCCGUCUCCCUCCGCCAGUGCCAACUCCCUGCGAACGCUGCCGGCGCGAGCGUUGCGCGGGGCUGCGGCUGCCGCGUGCGGGGAGGGGGCAGAAACGCCUCCUGGUGCGCCUGCGCGGGCGCGCCCGGAUGCAACCAUGAACCCGAGUAUGGACGUCAAAAAGCCUUUGCGUGCCAGGAAAACGAUGACUCCCAGCAGCCGAAAGCAGGUGGAAAUGCUGGGCAAGAUGAAGUGCACCCAGGGAGCGGAGAAGCCCUCGAAUGGCGCCUCCAGUGAGGGUCAUGAUUUUCCUCUAAAAAGGGUUGAAACACGCUGCUUGUUCCCAACGUCGGUGAAACAGCUUGACUUAAAACAAACGCAACUGGUUCCGCAGAUGCUCAAAGAGCCAGUAGCUAAUUUACUCGUCAAUUCCAAAAUCAGCAUUUAUAAUGACCGCCAGGAACUAUCCAAAGAUCUGACGUACAACCCCUGCGGUACUGACUCUGACGUCAAACAGUUUUUGAAUGCUGGCGCUUUACAGGAUAUUUUGUACAGUUGGUAUGAGAAAGAAUCCGGCUCCCCUUUGUUUAAGCCUGUGGAAGUACACUUGAAUUCCAGACCAGAGAGCCAGCCGGCAGAGCCUCCGCAAGGACCGUUUUCACGGGCCUCUCCCAAAGCCGCAGUCCCUGCUGUAGCUAAAGCGAUGGAAGAAGCUCUUGUAGACCAAAGUACUCCAGAACUGGAAAGGGAAGGUGCUACCAUCCAGCGGCAUAAGAAAACCGUUAUUCCUUCAGUCCAGCCAGAUUAUGCUCGAGGGAAAAGGAGACACUCAGAAAGCAGUGAAGAUGCCUUUUGUAAGCACAUCAAAACAUCUGAUGACGCUAGAGAAGCCUGUGACGCAAGCUCUGGCCAGAAGCAGCAUGGCUUGGAAAAGGUCAAGAGUUUUAUUCAGAGCCAGAUGGCUACCUCGAUGGAAGGCCUAGAUCAUCACCUCCGACGUUUACGUGAAAGUAUUGAUCGCACACAAUGCCUGCGAAAGCACGAAGACAUAGCUAUUAAAAUUGUAAAAAGGAUCUCCAGGCUCGACCGACGCAUUAACACCGUGAUCGCGUUCCAGAAGACUGAAUUGUCCAGAAAGGCCAGCCGUCCGGGAGCCAGCGUGCCGGACGAGACGCCAAGCUGCAGUGCGCCGCCUCCUGGCAAGGCGGACGGCAAGGCGGUGCCGUCGAAUCCCAGCAGCGCCAAGGGCUCUGAUGACGUUGUUUGCGUUGACCUGAUGAACAAGAACUCAGGUGUGGAAGCUGUGAACGCCGCAGGUGUCCAGCGGAAGGGAUCGUCCGCAGAUGCCAGCACCGUGGCCAAAACCUCGGGCAGUUCUAAGGACCUGUUCCUGAUCGAUUUAACUGACGAAGAAAGCAGUGCUGGUCAAGCUGGCAAAGAGAAGGAGAAGCAGGUCGCGGUGCGCAGACGCUGGGCAGCAGAGCCCGCCACGCCGGUUCCUCCCCCGCCCCCGAGGGAGGGAGCAAAUGAGGUCCUGAAGGACUUUUCCCACCUCCCUCCGCUACCCAAGGUCCGCGUGUGCCCGGAGCACAUGAGCGAAUUCCAGAACACCCUGCCGCCCCAGCAGCUCGAGCUGGCGGUCGCCCAGGUCCAGAACCCCAAAGGCAUCGCCCUCCAGUGGAACGUCCGCAAAGAGGACCCGCGCUGUGCGCCCAUCGAGAGCUUCCACCUGUUCAUCUGCCUGGAGGGGCCCAAGACAGGCGCGCCCUCCGCCUGGAUGGAGACGAACAAGAUCAAGGCCCUGCCGCUGCCCAUGGCCUGCUCCCUCUCCCAGUUCCCAGGCUCCGCCAGGUGCUACUUCGUCAUGCAGUCCAGGGACAUUUACGGGCGCUACGGGCCCUUCUGUGACAUCCAGGCCAUUUCGCCAGUAUAGUCCCUGCAGGGGGGCAGGCCCCUCCUCGGGGCGACGGGCCCCGUGUUCCGCUCCGCCCGCUGCUCUGUGGCACCGUUUGCACACUUCUGUUCGUUGUAAAAAUUCUGUUUUGCGUUCUGGAUCGACUGCCUUCCUCUCCUGAAAGGAGAGCGUUACGAGCGAGAGAUUCUCGGGGAGGCGACAGCUUUCGUUAAAUCUGACAUUUCUUAACGUUCCUCAUAACCAAGAGGGAAGGUGAAAUAAUCUUUGCCUAUAUUGAAAGUAUAAUGGUUCCUUCAGUA